UGAUCAUGAAAUAUUUCUCUCUCUGCAUUGGGCAUGUCAGGAGAAAUAGCCUCCCUGAGGUUAUUUGAAAUAAAUCGAUACUCAAAUUACAUCUUAUAAAUUAAAUGGGAUUGAGGGGGGAGCAUUUAAUGAAAAUGGUGAUGGUAUUGAGAACAGUGUAAGCAGUUAACACUAAUUUGUUCUUCUGUGUGAUAAGCGUGGCUUCUCCUUUUUCCAGAUGAGGACAUUGAGGAUCAGGGAUGUUGAAAUACUUGCCCAAGGAUGCACAAGUGGAAUGGUAAAGACAGGAUUUGAAUUCUCUUUUUCUCUCUCCCUCCCCCCUCCAACUUUUCUGUUUCAACAAAGAUUUGAAUACUUACUAUGUUCUGGGCACUAUUUUAAGCACCACAUAGCAAAGAAACAAUUUUGGUCCUUUUCAAUCCUGAUAAUCCCCCAUCCCUCCCUUAAAUGUUUUUCCUUCCCCAGGUCCUUCCCUAACUUUUGUGGGGCCCUGCAAGUGUAAAAACGGAGGCUCAUAUACCAUACCUCAAUAUUUAAAAGUGAUAAAUCAAGCUGGCAAAGUGUCAAAUAAAAGAUGCUCCAUCCUCCUGCCUUGAUAAAGACACUUGUGCACAAGGGCUGCUGUGCACUGAAAAUCUGUGGGGUCUUGGAGCACCAUGCAGGAAUGUGGUGGCUCAGAGGGUGUGAACACCUAGCCCAUGGCCUGUGGCCUGUCCCUCAUCUCUUCCCACCCUGGCAGUCCCACAUAAGGGAGCGGUACACAUAUGUGUGUGGACAUCCUAGCCUACACAUCCAAGCUGUGUCCCCACAAACAGCACCCCUUAGCUUAGGGGUGUGUGCACUGGUGGUGUGACCUGCCUUGGAGAGAAAAGGCCUGGAGAAAGCUCUGGAAGUGGAAUUAAGAUCACUUGGGCAGGGGAUUCAGGGUCUCUGGUACCCAAGACAUAGUCCAAAAGAGGAGAUGCAGGCUGCAGGCUCCAGGUGGGUACAUCUCUGUGCCCCUGAACUCUUCACCCCAUAGGAAAGGGCACAACCAGAGGAAUACUAGGGGCCCCCCUUUCCUGGGCCUAAGAAUAACCCUCCCCAUUCUAUUUUCUCUGCCAAAUCCCACUUUCACAUGUGGAUAUUUUUUUGAGAUGUGGCCUUCUGAGGAUUUUUAUAAAGGAAGAUGUGGAAAUCAGACACUCUACUUGUUGAACAGAGAGCAGGUCCAUUGAGGUGGGCAGAUGGUAGGUGUCACCGGAAGUGGAGGAGUGGGACUGUGGAGAGACCUGCUGGGCUCUCUGGGGCUGCAUGGACUUCCCUGCAUUCAGCAGCCCUAGUCUACAGAGGGAGAAGCUAUGCUGUCCCGGCCCUCUGUCUUGAGACCUUGAUGGGUUCAUCCCAAACCUCAGGAAGUGGCUGCAGUUUAGCAGGAUCAGCUCUGCUUGCUGUUCACUUCUCCAGCCAUGAGGACGGCAGCUCUGGAUAGACGUCUAAAGCACACACGAAAGCAGUGCUUCCUUUACUGGGCCAGAUUCUCCUGGGGGAGCAGACAGAAGCCUUCCAACGUGAGCAGUACGUUCUCAUGCCAGUGUGCAUUUGCCUGUCUCCCUUGGGGAAGGCAACUGUUGUCUCCUGGGCACAGGUAGCUACCAAUAGGUGAGCCCCUCAGGAGAUCACUGGUAUAUCUAGGAUGGCAAUUAGCUUCUUUAAUAUGACAGCCUCAUGACAGCUGGCAAGGAGCUGCAAUUGGAAGGAACUGGAAGUCACACCGAAGCUCAUUGAACAAGCAUGCCAUGAGUGCCAUGAGUAAGUAGUUCCAGCUGAUGAGCUUAUCAGCGGGUUGCCAGUGGGGGAACUGCCCAGGGGGAGAUGGAAUGGGAGACAUAGCCAGACCUCAGAAGGAUAUGCAGCUCCUGUGAGGACCUAAGUGGAGCUGAGUCAGCAUGGCCCUGGUGAGCACACAGCAGGCAUUGAUCAGCCACAGACUUCAGUAUUGAGACCUUCUAGGGUGGGAACUAGAUGAACUGGAGGACAGGCCAGGAACCUGCACAUAUGAAUCAUGUGGGCCAAGGACCUUCCUCCCCUUUCCUACCAACAUGAAGCAGACCCUUCCCCCAGGGGUCAUCUUGGAGAAAAAUGGGAAAGCGGAGCGUGGUAGGCGACAAGGUGCUGCAAUACCAAAAUAUCCAGAAGGCAUUUAAAAUUAUUGGACUAGAUGACAUGUAAUUUUCCUUCUUUACUUAGUAAAGUGAAGGACUCUGGAGAAAGAUUUGAUCAAUUAUAGAAAAUAAUGAAGGUACAUUUUCUUUGCGUAACUAAAUAUAGGGUAAGUACAUUUUGCAUUUGCUAAAAUUGUCUUUGCUCUGCCUCUGCACACAUGUGGGCACCCGCGCACACACACAAAUGGCACUUCUAGGAGUUCUUCCUUGCCACCACCUCCUCUCAAGAAUCAAUGCUCACGAAAGCAUUUGUGAGAAAUGUGGAGUUUACUGUGGAGUGUCAAAGGGAAGAUGAUGGAGGUUUCACUGUAACCCCCACAACAAACAGAUUCAUAUUCCGCUUUGAUACUGUGUUCAUCAUUUCCAAUAUGUACGUUUUUCCUAGUUGAGUAUUUGAUAUCUUGGAAACCAGACUCUGUCUUGCUGUGUUGGUGUGUCAUAGUCUAAUUGGCAGCACGUUUCCUUUGGUAACAAUACAUAAGACAAUGGUGUGUCUUAUGUUGGUGACUUCUUAUAUUUGUUAAAAUCUUUUAAGUCUACUGCUUUGCAGUCCUUCCUCAACUGCAAGCAGAGGCUUCCCCACUGAGGAAAGUACAGUCUGGAGUCCGACCAUCACUCGCUAUCUCCACCAUUCACAAGCCAGAGCUGAUUUGCUGAUUUCUGUGGUGUAAAUCCUCCCACCAUGGCAGAUUUCUUUUUGCCAGAGUGACCUCAUGAACAUGGAACUGGAAGGAGAUGAACACAUUUAACUCUCAUGCACUGUACUGGAGUACCUGAGUUUUGGCUGGGCACAGAACUGUCUGGAAUACAGACUACAGUUCCCAGCCUUCUGUGCAGUUCUGUGUGGCCAUGUGACUAAGUUGUUGUCAAUAUGAGUCAUGGAAGAAUAGAAGAACAACUCAGGGGAGGAAGAAGUCAGACAUAGCCAGACAUGGCUGCUAGCAGUUCCACCAAUGAAAGAGGAGACCAGGAUGUUUAAAACAGGCAAACACAAAGUGUGAAAAACUAGAAGCUAAAACUUCUGAGGUCGUUUAAGCAGGGACUAUCAUUAUCCCUGGAAGCGGAGAGAAGUUCAGUCCCUUGCCCAACAUCACACCGCAAGCAUGCGUUGGAGCUGAGAUUCAAACCCAGGCAUUCAGGGUCCAGGGGCGAUGCUCUUAAUAUAUUCCAUAUCUUAGGAGAAUUUCUCCUAUUUAAACAAUAAAAGUGCAAAAAUCUUGUGGUUAGCGAAAAUUUUCAGUUGUUUGGAAAACUUAUUUAUCCAAUAAGUGGAGAACUCACUUGUCCUCCAACAAUUCUGGAUAAAUGAAAGAGCGAAUUGAACUGAGACUGGUAUCCGGGUCUCCCAGUACUUUGUAGUUCCUAUCCAUAGGGCUUGUCAGGAAGGCCACAGGGAGGUAAACUAACUCGAGCAGGUCUGAGUAACCAGAAACAAUCCCACAUCAGACUGUUGGCAGUGGGAGUGGAACACUCAAAGCUGAACCGCGUGCAAGAUGCUUGCAUUUUCAUUUGCAAUGUUGUCAUCUUCCUCAUGGCUCAAGAGGUAUUUUGGAGUUGACAUGAAGGCUACUGUAAUUUUUAGAGGCUUUUUGCUUUCUGGCUUGUAUUUACAUAUUGUGGUAGAAGAGUCAGAAGACUUCAAGCUUCAAAAGUGAAUCUUGUUGCAACUUACGAAAGCAUCACCCUGUGGGGUGCAGCUCUCAGCAUGUGUCACCCCAGGCGCUGUGAUUUCCCUGGCUUCAUCCAACUUUGGUUGCUGUUCUUCAUGCUCAGGAAUUCUGCAAUUGCAAUAGCUUUUGCUGUUGUUAUGUCUGUAGGUAUGGACUAAUUUCUACCAUUCUGGAAUGAAACAUUAUUUCAAGGAAAUCUUCUCAUUGUAAAAGGUCCACACAUUCAGAAGGAAACUGGGAGCACAUUUUCUCAUAGGCCUGAAGCAUUGACUGACUAUGCGUCUUUCCCCUUAGCGUUGUCAUCAUAUUGUAAGUGGAUGAGUCAUGGACAACAUUUUCACACACAUACAUGAGGUCCAUCGACCAGUCCUUAGGACAACUAGAUUUCUUUUCUUUCUUUGUUUUAAAGAAGAAGCCAAGUCAAGAUACAGCAGAUAAAAAUGCUCAGCACAUUUGCUGAAAUCUUAGCAAAA